UUUUCUUGACCAUCAAGUCUGACACUUAUCUUUUUAAUAUUAUUAUUGUUUUUAAUAUUUAUUAUUCAUAUAAACAAAAAGACUUAUACACUCAACCUAUAUCUGUCUUUAUUUAGUUUUUCUACCUUUUUUUUUUCGCGUAUGGUCAUUUGGAUAAAAAAAAAAUUAUCAGAGAUGGCUGCCAACAACCGGGAAAAUCAUGACUCAAUGAAAAUGAAGUAAAUGGAUCUUCAAAAAGCAGUUGAUUUAUUUACUAUGUUGGAUGAGACAACUAAGCUGGUAUACAACAUGAGGGAAGACGACGACGACAUCACAAUGGAAUCAUCAACAGAGAGUCUUGGUUUAGAUUAUCAAGCAGUAAAUAAGUACAAUGAUUUAUUACCUUAUGCUGAGGAAUUGGAGAAAGAAGCAAAAAUUUUACUGCCAGAAAUAAAAGGUCAAUUGGGACAAGCUAUCAUGCUAAGACGUAUUGAACCUGAUACACUAAAUGCUGUUGGUAAAUUACGAAUGUACAUGAAGCUUUACAGUUUAAGAUUCACCAAAGAGGAUCAUAUUUUACUGAUAAAAUUGAUGUAUGAACUAGUGACAAUUCCUGAACUUGAACAAUAUCUUGUCAAUGUAUUUGGUGGUAUAUUAUUGAACUUAUUGCGAAAAAGAGAACUCAUUGAACCAAGUGAAUUGGUAUUAGAAUGGAGACCAUUGUAUGACUUGAAAAAACGUUCAGUUACUAUGCCUUCAAAUAGCAUGUAUCGGUUUUCUCAACGAUGCUUGAAAAUGAUUGAAAGUUUAAUAUGUGAUGCAAAAAUAUAUUUUCCAUUAACAGCAACAAGAGAAAUACUUGAUGAAUUAAGACCACAAAUAUGUCCACUUGAUACAAGAUCAUCACCAGCUAUCUUUGAUUUAUUAGAUUUAUUUUUACCAGUACAAUUAUUUCCAAAUGAUUCACAUAUGGGUUAUGGACUUUGGUUUGAUGAAUUUAUGAAACUUUGGGAAAUUUGUAAUAAUGCACCAGUAUGGGAACAUUCAAUGAUGACACUUAUGUCAAGAUUAGCAUGGUUUAAUAUUGGUUAUAUUGAUUGGGAACCAUAUAUACCAAUAAUGACAACGCGAUUUAUGAGAUGUCUCAAUUUGCCAGUUCAUUAUAAAAAUACAAAAAUACCAAAAUCUCAUAAAGUUACAACAAAUUCAGUAGCAAUAUGGGUUGUAUCAAUAUUGGGAAAUAAAUCAAGUGGACAAUUUCAUUUGGAAAAUUUUAAAAAACAUUGGAACAUAUUUACCUGA